UUCUAAAUAUUUUAGUUUGACUCUUCUCGACAAGGGCAAAAGAAGUGGAAUACACGAAUAACCGCAGUUUUCCUGGUGGCGUUGGUUACUGGGUUCACGUUUUGGUGUAGCCAGUCAAGCCUGGAAUUCCCUUCCUCAUUCGUUUUAGCUUUUUGGCCAGUCUUGGUUUGCAAGAGACUUGCAGAGGCCUAUACGGAUGGCCGGGAUUCACAAAGGUCGCAGAGACGGGAACUGCUUCUUCCCCGACGCCACCUCCACACUCUCGCGUGGAUACUGACAUCCGCCCCGUUCCAGGAAUGCGCACAGCUAGGCGCAGCCGACCAGCGUGGGCCGGGCGCGGCGGGGCCACCUCCCCCAGCUCCGCGCGCACGCCCCGUCGCCCUUGACAACGCGACCCAAGGUCACAGAGGCCCCGCCCCCAGGCUUACUGUCCACGCGAGGGGUCGUACCCCGCCACGCGCCAGAGCAGGCAGCUGCCCGGACAGCCCGGGGCCCGCCGUGACGUCACCGCCCCGCGCCCGAGGAAAGCCCCGCCCCGCGCGGCCUCGUCCCGCCCCGUCCCAUCCUGUUUGGUCCCGCGUGGCUGUGCGCGGCGCUCUGGGAGGACGACAUGGCGCGCGAGUUGCGGGCGCUGUUGCUGUGGGGCCGCCGCCUGCGGCCUCUGCUGCGGGCGCCGGCGCUGGCGGCCGUCCCGGGAGGAAAACCAAUUCUGUGUCCUCGGAGGACCACAGCCCAGUUGGGCCCCAGGCGAAACCCGGCCUGGAGCUUCCAGGCAGGACGGCUGUUGAGCACGCAGACUGCUGAGGACAAGGAGGAGCCCCUGCACUCGAUCAUCAGCAGCACGGAGAGCGUGCAGGGUUCUAUUUCCAAACAUGAGUUCCAGGCUGAGACAAAGAAACUUUUGGACGUCGUUGCCCGGUCCCUGUACUCAGAAAAAGAGGUGUUUAUACGGGAGCUGAUCUCCAAUGCCAGCGAUGCCUUGGAAAAACUGCGUCACAAACUGGUGUCUGACGGCCAAGCACUGCCAGAAAUGGAGAUUCACUUGCAGACUGAUGCCGAGAAAGGAACCAUCACCAUCCAGGAUACUGGUAUUGGGAUGACACAGGAAGAGCUGGUGUCCAACCUGGGGACUAUCGCCAGAUCGGGGUCAAAGGCCUUCCUGGACACGCUGCAGAACCAGGCUGAGGCCAGCAGCAAGAUCAUCGGCCAGUUUGGAGUGGGUUUCUACUCAGCUUUCAUGGUGGCCGACAGAGUGGAAGUCUAUUCCCGCUCGGCAGCCCCGGGGAGCCCGGGUUACCGGUGGCUUUCAGAUGGCUCUGGAGUGUUUGAAAUCGCUGAAGCUUCAGGAGUUAGAACCGGGACAAAAAUCAUCAUCCACCUGAAAUCCGACUGCAGGGAGUUUGCUAGCGAGGCCCGGGUGCGAGAUGUGGUAGCGAAGUACAGCAACUUCGUCAGCUUCCCCUUGUACCUGAAUGGAAGGCGGAAGAACACCUUGCAGGCCAUCUGGAUGAUGGACCCCAAGGACAUCAGCGAGUGGCAACAUGAAGAGUUCUACCGCUACAUCGCGCAGGCUUAUGACAAGCCCCGCUACACCCUGCACUAUAAGACGGACGCGCCGCUCAACAUCCGCAGCCUCUUCUACGUGCCGGAUACGAAACCGUCCAUGUUUGACGUGAGCCGGGAGCUGGGCUCCAGCAUUGCACUGUACAGCCGCAAAGUCCUCAUCCAGACCAAGGCCACGGACAUUCUGCCCAAGUGGCUGCGUUUCAUCCGAGGUGUGGUGGACAGUGAGGACAUUCCCCUGAACCUCAGCCGGGAGCUGCUGCAGGAGAGCAUGCUCAUCAGGAAACUCCGGGACGUUUUACAGCAGAGGCUGAUCAAAUUCUUCAUUGACCAGAGUAAAAAAGAUGCUGAGAAAUAUGCAAAGUUUUUUGAAGAUUACGGCCUGUUCAUGCGGGAGGGCAUUGUGACCACCACCGAGCAGGAGGUCAAGGAGGACAUAGCAAAGCUGCUGCGCUACGAGUCCUCAGCGCUGCCCGCCGGGCAGUUAACCAGCCUCUCAGAAUACGCCAGUCGCAUGCAGGCCGGCACCCGCAACAUCUACUACCUGUGCGCCCCCAACCGGCACCUGGCAGAGCACUCGCCCUACUAUGAGGCCAUGAAGAAGAAAGACACAGAGGUUCUCUUCUGCUAUGAGCAGUUCGAUGAGCUCACCCUGCUGCACCUUCGUGAGUUUGACAAGAAGCAGCUGAUCUCCGUGGAGACAGACAUCGUCGUGGAUCACUACAAGGAGGAGAAGUUUGAGGACGGGUCUCCAGCUGCCGAGCGCCUGUCAGAGGAGGAGACGGAGGAGCUCAUGGCCUGGAUGAGAAACGUGCUGGGGUCGCGUGUCACCAACGUGAAGGUGACACUCCGACUGGACACCCACCCUGCCAUGGUCACCGUGCUGGAGAUGGGGGCUGCCCGCCACUUCCUGCGCAUGCAGCAGCUGGCCAAGACCCAGGAGGAGCGUGCACAGCUCCUGCAGCCCACGCUGGAGAUCAACCCCAGGCAUGUGCUCAUCAAGAAGCUGAAUCAGCUGCGGGCAAGCGAGCCUGGCCUGGCCCAGCUGCUGGUGGAUCAGAUAUACGAGAACGCCAUGAUUGCCGCUGGGCUUGUUGACGACCCUAGGGCCAUGGUGGGCCGCUUGAAUGAGCUGCUUGUCAAGGCCCUGGAGCGACACUGACAGCCGGGGGCCAGAAGGACUGACACCACAGAUGACAGCCCAGCCGCCUUGAGCUUUAUUUACCUAAAUUAAAAGGUAUUUCUUAACCUGA